GCCUGGCAGGCGAGGCCGCGGGCGUGGCUAGUGAGCAGCCGGCAGGGGAGAAGCCGGGAGCCGGCACCGGGAGCCGGCCCCGACUUCUGAGUUAAAAGAAUGGCAAACUUCUUUGCGUUGAAGAACUUCACUGCACUUUCAGAUCUGCAUCCAAAUAUGGCAAAUCUGAAAAUAAUCGGUAUAGUUAUUGGGAAAACAGAUGUCAAAGGCUUUCCAGACAGAAAAAAUAUUGGAUCAGAAAGGUACACUUUCAGUUUUACCAUUCGUGACUCACCAACCCAUUUUGUAAAUGCAACAUCAUGGGGCAACGGAGAUUAUAUCAGAUCACUUUCUGACAGCUUUCGGGUUGGCGAGUGUGUGAUAAUUGAAAAUCCCCUGAUCCAAAGAAAGGAAUUAGAAAGAGAAGAAAAAUUCAGCCCUGCAACUCCUAGUGACUGUAAACUAUUGCUCAGUGAAGAUCACUCAACAGUAAAAGUUUGUUCCAGUUAUGAAGUGGACACCAAGUUACUUUCUUUGAUACACUUACCUGUUAAAGAGUCUCAGGAUUAUUAUUCACUGGGUGAUAUUGUUGCAAAUGGACACAGUCUUGAUGGGAGAAUUAUUAAUGUACUUGCAGCCGUGAGGUCGGUUGGAGAGCCAAAAUACUUUACAACUUCAGACCGAAGAAAAGGCCAGAGGUGUGAAGUUAAACUCUAUGAUGAGAUGGAGUCUUCUUUUGCAAUGAUAUGUUGGGAUAAUGAAUCCAUUUUACUUGCACAGAGCUGGAUGCCGCGAGAAACAGUAAUAUUUGCCUCAGAUGUAAGAAUAAGUUUUGACAGAUUUCGAAACUGCAUGACAGCAACUGUGAUCUCAAAAACCAUUAUUACAACUAAUCCAGAUACACCAGAAGCUAACAUCUUAUUGAAUUUUAUAAGAGAAAAUAAAGAAACAGGUCUACUGGAUGAUGAAAUUAACAGUUACUUGAAAGAAUCCAUAAAUUUAAAUACAAUAGUUGAUGUCUAUACGGUUGAACAAUUAAAGGUAAAAGCUUUGAAGAAUGAAAGAAAAGCUGACCCUUUCUAUGGCAUUCUUUAUGCCUUCAUUUCUACACUGAACAUUGAUGAUGACACUACGAGAGUAGUUAGAAACAAAUGUUCAGGCUGUGGUUACAAUAUACAUGAAGCAUCCAGCGUUUGUACAACUUGCAAUAAAGAUUCUUCAGAGUUUAAAUCUGUUCUUCUCAGCUUUGAUAUGCUAAUUGAUCUUACAGAUCACACAGGGACCCUCCGUUCCUGUAGUCUCGCAGGAAGUGUCGCUGAGGAGACUUUGGGCUGCACGUUUUUUUCAUCAGACAGAGCAAGGGGUGGAUUGAGAAUCAGUGUGCUCUCAUGUAAGCUUGCAGAUCCCGUUGAAGCAAGUAGGAACUUGUCUGGACAAGGAAAUAUUUAAACCAGAUAACAGUGUAAACUCUG